CAGUACAGAGUAUAUCCGUACCUAUCAAGAUACCUACCUACCUGCCUACCUGCCUAGGUAGGUACCUAGGUACGUACCUACUUUCUUUGGAUGCAAAAGUAUACUCCGUACGUGGGACAGUGGGAAGGUGCUUAGGAGAGAUAUGCCUUGUGACCAUUAUGGUCGGUCUGGCUGUGGCUCAUAAAAGAGCAGAGACUUUCCGGGUAAGAAUGUUUCCAGGAGUCUCUGAUUAAAUCACAGGCGGGCUUUUGUAUUUAAUUCAUCCCUACCCAUAAAUAUCAUUCAUACCUGCUACCCUUUUUUGGCCUCAAAAGAAGACGACAGACAGUCUGAUAUCUCUCAAAUAUCUUCAACCUACACCAAUCCAAUAAAAUAUUCCACACACGGCCUUACAGAAUAGAAAGGCUAGUGAAGAACUUCACUUGAACCUAGACGUCAUAUUUUCCUAUCCUUCAUCAUGGCUUGCAACCCUGAUGAGAUGCCCCGGAGGCAAACGCACUUCAAGAGAUUAAUAGUAUGCUGUGAUGGAUCUUGGAUGGACUCACUGGGAGCCAAGGGUGCCGAACCACAAUCCAACGUCUCCCGUCUAGCCCGCGUCGUCCGCCGAACAUGCUAUGACGGCACACACCAGAUAGUCUGGUACGACGCCGGCGUCGGCACCGGCAUGCUCAAGGCAGACCAGCUGACUGGCGGUGGUCUCGGCAUGGGCCUGGCCCAGAACGUGCGCGAGGCCUACAACUUCAUCUGCACCAACUACGUCGACGGCGACGACAUUAUACUAACCGGUUUCUCGCGCGGCGCCUUCACGGCCCGCUCCGUCGCCGACAUGAUCGCUACCGUCGGCCUGCUGAGGCCGCUGGGUCUCGACAACUUUUACCGCAUCUUUGAUGACUACAAGAACCUGUCCAGUGCGAUAAGGCUCGCGGGCGAGUUUCUCUGCCCCGAGGGCGUCCUCAAGCCUUGGGACCUUACCAAGGGUGAGGCCAAGGCCAAGUGGGCGAGUGAGAGGAAGAAGGCAUACAAGGACUGGCUGGUUCAGAAUGGCUACACCCGUGAAUAUCAAACACAGGUAGACCCCAAAGAGAAGGCCAAGCCGAUUGUCGUCAAGGCUAUUGGCGUUUGGGACACGGUCGGCUCACUCGGGAUCCCGCCCAUCUCGGUACUCGGCCUUCAUGGCUCGGCCGUACAGUGGAAGUUCGCCAACACGCGCAUCUCGGAGCACGUCGAGUACGCAUUCCAAGCACUGGCCCUCGACGAGCCUCGUGACGCCUACAGGCCUUCCCUUUGGGAGAAGGCCCCCGAAAACAAAGUCACAUAUCUCAAGCAGGUGUGGUUCCCGGGUAGCCACGGCGACGUUGGUGGAGGGAACCACGACCAGCAGAUGGCCAACAUUACACUGGCGUGGAUGGCCGACCAACUCUCAUCCUUCUGUGGCGUCGAGUUCAACCGCGACCGUCUUACCGAAACAUUCCUCGACGGCCUGAGCUACUCCACCGUCCACCCCUUCCCGGCAGUCACCCCCAAGGCCGUGGAAAGGCUCAUCCCCUCCUUCCUCCCAUCCAUAUUCUCGACACCAGAAAAGAUCAAGGGACCAAUGCCGUGGGCCAACGAUCCCGUGUACCGCUUCGGCACGCGGCCUACCGGACGGGAUACCGCGACGUGCAACGGCGACUCAUGCCGUCGCCAGCGCCACCCGACUGGGACGCCAAAGAAAAAGCCACAAGACUCACGGUGGGCUGACGUGCUGUACGCGCGCCCCUGGGCGCUGGGCCAGAUUCACUUCCCCAGCCGCAUCCAGGCACUGAUAGGAUCCGGCUUCCGCCACCCGGGCCGCUACCGACAGGCAGACCCGGACACCAACAAGGAGACUGACAGGCCGCUGGCCGGGACGCGCGAGCGCGUGCACAGCUCGGUGCGCGUGCGACUCUCGUGCGGCGGCCUCUCGAUGGACGACGAGGGCAAGUGGCGGUGCGAGCCGCUUGUCGGCGCCGGGGGCGACCCCAAGUCGGAUAAGGCCCUGUGGCGAGUCGAGCGCGGCAGCGGUAUCGACCAGAAGGAGCUCGCUGACUUCCGUAUCAGGGAGCUUGACACGCCGGGUUACCCGGCCGACGAGCUGUAUGACAUGCAGGAGGGUGACGGCAACUUUGUCUGGGUCUUCAACCCCAGCAUGGUCCUAAGCAAAGGCACGCCGCUGCAGCUUCCCGCUGUCCCUGUGCUGCCCGAGGAGCCGCUCUGUGGCUACUGGGAGAGGCACCUCCUUUGGCUAACCAACAACAACGUUGACGUCUGGCGGUUUGCCGAGAAGAACCUGCCCGUCUAGGAGACGAAAAGUGAAGCCGACCUGAAGGCGGAGAAGAGGAGGGAGGGUGCCUGUCUCUCCUGCUUUUGAUAGAAGGGGAUGGAGUUGAUUUUUGGGUUUGGAGAUGGGCAAGUUUGGUUCAUACUAUUUUGCAUAUUUAGCGGCAAACAAUGCUGAGUAGUCAUUGCGUACCUAUGCUUACUUAAUAAGUGGGCGUUGAGUAUAUAUUGUAGUGUGUCAGUUCUUUGAAAGAAACGACUUUAGAUUUGUGACGAGAGGCCUUCCACACGUCGAAAUACCACGUCAAG